AUGGUCUUUGAAUCUUUCCAAACGCACUUAGAAAGCCUUAUCGAGCCGUGGCUCAUGAUCGCCCUCUCCGUUGCCCUCAUUCCGUACACGACCAUACAGCUCAUCCUCUCCGGCAGUUCCCAUACCAUCUUCUCCCCAUCCGACUUUUCUGAUGCGUUAUUUGCACGAGUUUGGGUCAUUGUAGGUCCAAUAGCAAGGUCUCGUGCGCAAAAGCUCGUUGUUCCUUUACUCGAGGGCAGAAUAUCCGGUGGCAAAGCGCAUGACGAGGUCGUGUCGGUUCCUCUACAUGGUACGGUCUUGGAAGUCGGUGCUGGGACAGGGGAGUGGGCGGACGUGCUUGCUCGGAUCCAUGCCCAGGGAGACACGGAGCCUGUUACUCGAAACGGCUUACGAAGCAGAAAGCAUAGUGCCGGCGGGGUCACUAGAAUCUAUGGUGUUGAACCCAACGCGCACUCAGCAGCGCUAUUGCAGAAACGAGUCGACGAAGUAGGGCUGAGUGAUGUGUAUGAGGUGGCACCGGUGGGAAUCGAGUCCGUUACAGAUCCGUCGGCUUGGGACGGCAUAAUUGAACGAGGCAGUGUGGAUUGCAUCGUGAGUAUCCGCUGUAUGUGCAGCAUUCCGGCACCUGAAAAGAACAUCAAGCUUUUAUAUGAGUUGUUAAAGCCUGGUGGGAGCUGGUACGUGUUUGAGCAUGUCCAGGCAACCCGUGGCGCCCCGUUUGUGCCUUUAUAUCAGCGCUUCGUGAACUAUAUUUGGAUGUGGCUCAUGGGCUCGUGCCGGAUCUGCCGUCCGACCGAGCAGACGCUUCGCCAGGUUGGCCCAUGGAAGAAAUUUGACCUCAAUGUAUCUCCUGAUGAGCCGGUGUGCGCUAUCUUACCCCACGUUGUCGGCGUUUUAACCAAGUAA